AGUGGAGAUCCCGUCAUUUCAAGCGGACAUAGCGGUGGAAGCAGCGUUCAUGAUUUACCGUAUAAUGUUCUGAAGUCGCCCACAAAGCUGGAGAGUUGAGAAGAUGCCUGGCUCUGCCCCAGAGCACCAGGGUUACCUGGGAGAUCUUCACACAAAGUCCACGGUAGAGCUGAUGGAUUUACUAAGGAGGCAGGAGGCCAUCUUACAAAAACAGACUUUUUUGCGCUCUCUACCCGAUGGCGGACGGAAGGUUCGAGCCUUUGCAGACACUUUACAGAGAAUUAUUACAGAGAGAAAGGAACAGGAGAUGUGCCAGACAUCCCAGAUAGGUGAAGACAUGCAAGUAAGGAUGCUUGCAGAGAAUACCCAAGUGAAAUCUGACUCACCCUCAUCUGUGGAAACAGCAGUGCCUGGAAACUUGAAAAGAGCAACGUCACAAUUUGCAAAAUUAAGAGACAAAAAUACAGCUUCAGGAGAAGUUACAGAAGCUAAACCCAGCUCGACUAAUGAAGACUUCUGCCUGAGAAUUCAGUCUUUGUCUGUGAGAGACAAAGUUUCCAUGGACACUUCAGAAGCUGACGCCCAGCUAGCCCAACUUAUGAACACUGCUCAGCAUAACAAGGUGUAUAUGAUGAAGGAACACCCAAAACAGGAGUCGGAAACUGUAAACAGUUAUCUCAAAGUCAUGCAGAAGAGUGAGCAGGCAUCGGCUAGCAAGAAAGAGCAUUUCAAACCAAACAGCUCAUUGAAAAUCCGUACAUUGGAGGAGCUUCCUAAGGAAUACAGGGGGACGGGAGUGGCAAAGCAAACAGCCAGGGAUUACGAAAGUGUUAAUCUUCAGGCAGAUCCGUCUGGUGGCAGAAAUCCACUAACAGGACGCAUCAUGGAUGUCAAAACUGCCGAGUCUUCGGCGACACCUCCCAAAUACAAGUAUGACCGUGUCAGAACUGUCUCCCUUGAUGAAUCUUUUCAGCUCCAAAAAGUUCAAGCUAUGAAGCAAGAGGAACUGCGAGCUCAGCAUGCGGCAAUGCGAUUGGCAGGUAAAAUCCAUGUGAAGAUGGGAGUGUAUAACCCUGAGGGGAAGAUGGCGAUGGCAUAUCGCUCCCAGAAUGAUGAUGAUAAGGAUGACCACCUAGACAGCGAUGAUAAUCCAGAGGAGGAUUAUCCAGAGGAGGAUUAUCCAGAGGAGGAUUAUCCAGAGUAGUUUAUCCUGAGCUUCUUCUCCCUUCAUCCUCGCUCUUCCUCUGCUUCAUCCUCAUUCUUUCCUUACUUCAUUAUCUUAUCCUUAAUUCAUCAUCUUAUUCUUACUUCAUUUAUUUAUUUAUUUAUUGGAUUGGUGUUUUACGCCGUACUCAAGAAUAUUUCACUUAUACGACGGCGGCCAGCAUUAGGUGGGAUUAAACUUCUUACUUCAUCCUUAUCUUAUCGUUACAUGUACUUCAUCCUCACGCUGUCCUUGUCCUUUCCUUAUGUUCUUCCUCACCUUGUACUUCCUUCAGUGUGAGCUCAUCCUUACUUCAUCCUAAACUUGUACUUAUUUCAUUUUCAGUUUAUCGUUUACUCAUCAUUAGCAUGUACUUACAAUGUCUUCACCUUUCUCUUUUCAUCUUCAUCUUCCAUUAUAUUCAAGGAAAAUGGAGAUGAUUUCCAUUUGUGCAACACAGCAGUUUUGAAAACAGUUUGAAUGUGGACUUUCUGACACCAGAUUUUAUAAUAUUAAAUGUGUUUCCAG